CCAAGUGUAGGACACCUACCCAAAUCCUAUUCAAAUUAAUUCGAUUUCGCAAACUACUAUAUGUUUUGAGUGACUUAUCAGCAGAUGAUGAUCGGUCACAGUGCCAAACUUGGCGUAGUUUUCAGGUCUUUAGUUCGAGUGGACUGUUUGUUUUCGGAGGCGCGGCUGACCAGGUAGAAACGUUAGGUAGAUCGUGAGAGCUAAAGACAUUCAGUACACGGGACAGUGCCGAAUUUUCAUAAAAAAAUAGGGUCGUUAACAAUUUACGGCAUUUCAAUUCACCUGAAAUCGUUGGUACCUUAGGCUUUCCAACCACGUCCGAGGAACAAUGAGACUUCUGGUGUUAUCACUCCUUGCGCUCUUUUGCGCAAAUUCAUACGCAUGCCCAGAUAGCUGCACGUGCGACUUGAAACUAAAAGCUGUAACUUGUCCAGGUGUCGAUUACCAAGGAUUACUCGCAGUUGUUGCCAACCUGUCCACCGAUACGACCACUCUUACCAUUGGGAGUCCGGUAGGCAAUGCCAGUGUGACCUUUCUGUCAAACGACACAUUCAUUGGGAUUACAGCCAAAGGAUUAACCAGCCUAACGCUCUGUUCAACUGGGUUACUAACCAUUGAUGACCACGCCCUUCAGCCGCUGAAGAAAUUAACCUCGAUCACAUUGACUGGAAACCCUCUGACGAAUAUAUCGAGAAACCUCAUCGUGGACAACCCAUCAUUGACCGAGCUUGCGAUAACGAAAAGCCCCAACCUCCAAACUUUCAGCUCGAUUGCAGGAGGAGAGAAUUUGAAAUCCUUGGACCUGAGCAACAAUGGCAUCAGUACAAUUCCUAACGCGUCAUUCAAUGGAUUAGACCAACUUACAACACUUAACCUGGCGAAUAACAAGUUUGACGUAAUCGGUGCUGGUAUGUUCCAAGGAAUCGACGACACGCUCUUAGACCUUAAUCUCUCGCAGUUAACCCCUCCCAAGACGGUGCAGACAAAGCCUUUCGAACUCCUCCAUUCGCUGACUUCUCUGAAAUUCGCCGGCAUCGUAAACAAAACUUUCAGUGCAAUGAUCUUCUCCGGCUUAACUGCGCUGCAGAGACUUGAUGUUUCGAACAACGGACUUACAGAAAUUCCUUUCGAAGCAAUGGGGCAAUUCAGUGCAGUACUUACUGAACUAGUUGCUGACGACAAUAAGGUGAUUAUCCUGAAAGCUAUUGCGUUCGAGCAACUGCAGAAGUUGGAUCACCUGUCGCUUGAACGAAACGGCUUGAAAGAGAUCAAACCCGGACCGUUUCAUGCUAAUCCUAAACUCGCGUACAUUAGCCUUAAAGGGAAUAACCUAACAAGUAUCCCAACAAAAAUGUUCGCCCACCUCCCUCAGCUCAAGGAACUUGACCUUUCUGGCUGUGGACUUGAAAACCUUGAAACCGACACCUUCGCGGGCGCGGCUAACUUGACAAGUCUCAACCUUGCAGGAAGUGUCUUGGCUAACAUAACUUCUGGCCCGUUUGAUCCUUUGGUUAGUCUAUCUACUCUGGACUUGUCGUACUCAUCGGUUAGGUCUAUAGAGCCGGGGGCGUUUGGCGCUUUAAAGGCGUUGAAUGAGAUAAACCUUGACAUGAACUUGCUUGAAGGGAUAUCCGAUGACUUGCUUCGUAUGUUCAAGGAUAACAAUGUGACGGUGAUCAUGGGGCAUAACCUCUGGGAUUGCUCGUGCGAAGGUAUGGAGAAGACGAAAGAUUUCCUCGAGCAAUCCAACUACACCACACCAAUUAUCUGUAGCAGUCCCGAGGAACUUAAAGGUCGGGAUGUCGCGGACAUCGCCAAGAAUCAGAUAUGCUACGGUCCAAAUAUCACAAAUUGUUGCCACGUUGACCUUAGGGCUGAACUAGGCGAGACCCUCACGUUUUUCUGCAAUGUGACCGGAUCUCCACAACCGGAUAUUACGUAUCACGAAAUUUCUGGUAACCCACUUCCACGCAACAGAACGAAAUUUUCCGCGGAUAAAACCAUGGUGACCGUCUACAACGUUACUAACCAAAACAACGGCAAUUUCACAUGCUUUGCGGGGAAUACAUACGGAAACAUCACUAAUUAUUUCGAGUUGUUCGUCUUGACCCCUGAACCCACCAUGGAACCCGCCAAGCCAUACAAGGAGGGCUCCCUCACUUGGAUUAUCCUUGGAGUCGCCAUCGCCGUCGUAUUCAUCGUAACCGUGAUUGGACUCAUUGUUUACUUCGUGAGGAAGCGAGAUCGGAAUCCAACUGAACUGCUUGUUAACAGCAUGGAGAACAACAUUCCAUAGGGCUAGCUACUCUCAGUUGUUAGACCCUCAUCGAAAAUCAGGAUAAUAUGCUUAAUACGAUUCUUAAUGGGUUUCUAUGGUCAGUUAGGCGUACUCUAUCUCUCAACACAUUCAAAUCAUUUGUAGCUUGCAUGUUAAAUAAAAGUCGCUGAGCUCCCGGGCUAUCUACAUUCGUGGUACAAAUGACAGUAAUCAAAGUACUCAUGGAUAGCCACUAAACAUUAAUAUAUUUAUAUUUAAACUAUUUACAAUUCAAGCGUACUGAUUAACAUAACCCAAUAAAAGUGCGGGCCAACUCUGAUUGAUAGAGACCAAUAAAAGUGCGGGCCAACUCUGAUUGAUAGAAACUAAUAAAAGUGCGGGCCAACUUUGAUUAAACAUGUGAUGUCUCCUGGGACAGAUUGGAACUUAAGCGCCAUAUUAUAUUAUUAUAUAUAGCAACCAACCUCUAGCAUCAUUAGGUUCAAAACAGACUAAAGAAGACAAAAUCGGUUAUCCGCGUUCAAUUGACUCUCAAAUAAAAUGAUCAUCGAUACUUCAUCAUCUGCUGCUUAUAUCUUAAUAUGCUUCAUUAAUUGCCUUAGUUUGAAUUGAUUGACAAUCGGAUAACGAUUAACAGUCAAAAGUAAGCGACACUUGAUGCAAUAUUCAGAUGAAGGCAUAUUUCCACUUGGGCAAUUUACGCGGCGUUUUGCAGCUUGCUCAACUUUCACAGGCAUUGAACAUCUCCAACGGUUCAGCAGUAUUCGUGUGGAAAUUAACACAUGCCUUGCCGCUCAUGGCAGUGCAGGCUAGUGUGGUAAUGGGUACAAGCAACAUGCUGCAUGAACGUUUUUGAUGGUUUAAUUGGAGACAAUUGUGGUGGGUCUUCUUUCUGUAAAAAAUGUUGGAAUAGUGAUCGCUAUACGACAUGGACUGCAUACAUGUAGAUGUUUUGUCAAAAAGUACGAAACUGCUGCCAGUUUUUGCAGCCUCAUUUACAUGAAAAUGCAUUUUCUGUAACUACAUAUCUUUCAAGUGUUUGAUUAAUUGUACCUUUCAGGUCAGGCUUACAUACGAUUAUCAGUCUUCAUUGUUCAAGGUAUGCAUGUCGCUCGUUACGAGCAUAUACGCUAAAUGAUUUAGGCAUCAAAAUAUAACAUGAAAUGACAUGAGAGCGAAAACUGACAUCAGCAAAUUCUAUGUUGCCAACUCUUCGGAAAUGGCGUGCUCGUUCUUAAAGUUAUGCCAACCAUGAUUUAGGAGGUAUUUGAAAUUUCAAGUGGCGGGCUUUUUUCGAGCACGUUGUUAAAUUGAGCAAUGUGUGCUACGUGGGUGAAGGCAAACCGUCAUCUGUUCUCAAGACGAAAUCCCCUGAUGUAGACCAAAAGUGGUACUAGAAGAAUCCACUUCAAGUAUUAAUUAGCGUUUUUGCUACUGCUAUAAAUUGCUUCAUUUUUGCGAGUGAAAUCAUUCGCUUUCCCCUCGCACUCUCUUCGGAAGAUACCUACACUUGUCGGUUUAAAGAUGAAGUUCUUGAUCUUUGCCUGUUUGGUAGGAAUCGCCGCGGCACAUUACGUUUACCAUCAUGUCCCUAGACACCACCACCACCACCACUGCCAAUUCCUAAGUAAAUCCAAUUACCAAUACUUGGGUGGUAAAGAUGCCCAUGGACACUAUACCGCCGAAGCGUGCAAGAGGAGCUGCGGAUCGGGAUGCCGAGCCGUUGAUUUCAACAAGGCUAGGCACGCCUGCUACCACUUCCACAGUAGGCCACACCAUGGAUCCGGACAUUACAACAGAGAUGUUGAUCACUAUUACAAACAUGGUUGCUGAACUCCCAUUGAGCAUUGACUAAGAUACAUAUAGGCCUAUAUAACUGUUGUUAAAAAACAAUUUUUUCACUAGCUUGAGGUUAACUUUGACUUGGCUAUUAAGUAAAGGAUAUGACUUAGAAGCGUUAGUGAAUCAACUGGUUUUGAACAAUUGGCCCAACGUGUUCGAUAUCAGGCUUGAAAUGCAGUACAAAACCAACAUUGCUAGUUUAUCUAUGUACAUGUAUUGUCUAAAAAACAGUGCAAAUAAACAUGAUGAACUAAAAAGCGAAUAA